GAUGUGUACCAGAGCGUUGCAUUUCGAAUCUGUUGUGUCGGCUUUGUUAAGCCGAAUGAUUUGCAGAAGCGAGCGAUGUUGCUUUUACACGUUUUUGGCUGACAUCGACAAACGACCGACCGUCCAUUGCUGCAAGCCCAAGAACAGCCAUCGCCAGUGUGUGACUCCUUCAUGUUUCGGAAGCCACUUGUUGGUCGGUCGUCAGACACCCUUCACCUCACCGAUUCGGCAUUACUCGGCUUUGCCAACGUCUGACGAGCUUAGCGUUGGAAGCAGCACCAUUGCUGUUGCUGAUUUGCCACCGAUUCCAGAGCCACCGCUUCCGGUUACCGACGAGCAGCUUGAGGUGAUAAAUAAUAUCAUCGGCAACAACCUGGACUACCUAGGUCUGGGCAAUUACACGCCAUCCGGCAUUGUGCAGAUCAUGCUAUGUUACAUCCAUGGCACGCUUGGCGUUCCAUGGUGGCAGGGCAUCAUGAUAUGUAGUGAAACGCGUCGUAAUGCGACACUUAGCCGCACUACUUUGGUGCGGCUCAGCACGGUUCCGGUCAUGCUGGCGUCGCAGCGCAACUCGGCGUUGAUGGGCACAAUGACCAAGGGCAUGCAGCACUACAACAACAAGCUGUUGGAUGCCAAACGGCGAAAAGACACUUUCCAGCAGCAGUUGAUCAUGUUAGAGAUGCAGGAGUACAUGAAGGAAAAGGGUGCCAUGCGGCUUUACAUGAAAACAGUCGGCAUCUCUUUUGUACAGGGCGCCAUCUUCCUGACAUAUUUCUACGCAUUACGCGGAAUGUCGAUGGCACCUGUACUGUCGUUGACACAAGGUGGAUUUCUGUGGGUAACUGACCUGACACUCCCUGAUCCGACGUGGAUUCUUCCGGCAUACUCUGCUUUGACGAUUGCUAUGAUUUUGGAACUUGGCAUCGAAACCGGUAUAUCUACUGCAUCCAUGUCGAAGUUCAAAUGGGUGAUGCGUUUGAUGCCCUUCGGCAUUUUUUUCUUUAUCAAAGGGUUUCCAUCGGCGAUGUUGUUGCACUGGGCUACCAGUAAUACGUUUUCGCUGGUUAUCGCGGUGCUAUUCCAAGUGCCAGCCAUUCGAACUGCCCUUAAAAUCCCUCCAUUACCGGCAGGAUCGAUUUUCGAUAAGUUCAAGUCGGUGUACCAAAGGAUUGUUUCCAAGAAAAGCGCCGGCAACAGCGAGACGAAGAAAAAGGAGCGAAAGUCACUGAGGGACCAGUGGCGCGAUUUCUAUGACGCCAAUUUUCUCGUCAGCGGCCCGUCUGCCAAAACUAUUCGCGAAAAUGAUGCACGUCGCUUCACAAAUGCCGGCAAGUUUUCGCCGCCUCCGACGUUUCCAUACAACCCGCGCGAAAAGUUCUCCAAAGAGUUUGAAGCCGGCGAAGAAUCUUUCUUCCGUUACAUUACGAAAAAGCGCAAGAACACUAAAUAAUU